AUGCAUAUCCACACUUUGCAAGCAGUUCGUCAGAAAAAAAAUAUCUUUGCCGGAUACGAUUUGGAGAAGAGUCAUCAAAAAAUGAUCAUAUUCCUAGCUUUGUUGGCAGCGCCUUGUGCUACGGCUUUCAGGUCUAUCUCAAUAGCGGAGUUCAAAAAGCAUCCAAUUCCCGAAUUCGCUAAACGUCUGAAGGGGCAAGAACUUGUCGACUACAUUAACUAUGUCCAGCCAUUCUUCCAGACAAACCUCUCUUCUGUGCCCAAACCUCCUGCUAUAGAUCUAAAGUUUUCGGAAGAAGAUGUGCCAGAAAUCACCACAGCAACAGAAACCCAUUAUGAAGAGGAAAUUCCAGAAAGACAACUUCUAAUAUCAGCGAAAACGUUUGAAUUUGCUAAAACGAAUUUUUCCAGCUUUGAUGCUAGAGAAAAGUGGCCAAAUUGUAGAUCUGUAAAACUUAUUCGUGAUCAAGCAAAUUGUGGUUCAUGUUGGGCUGUCUCAACAGCUUCAGCUAUGUCUGAUAGACUAUGUAUCCAUUCGAACGGAGAAAGGCAGGAUCUGCUUUCUGCCACUGACAUCCUCACGUGUUGCGUACUCUGCGGUUCUGGAUGUAACAAAGGAUCGACUCUCAGAGCGUACGCCUGGUUGGCCAAAGUUGGAGCUUGUACUGGAGGACCUUAUGGGACCCAACAUACUGCUGGCAAUCAAUUGGGUGCUCAUGGUGUCAAAAUUAUUGGAUGGGGAAUAGAGAAUGGUGUCAAGUAUUGGCUUAUUUCAAACUCGUGGAACACCGAUUGGGGAGAGAAA